AUGCCCGCCUCCGCAGCCUCCGCUUUUAACCCUCGUCAGCGUCUCUCCAUCUUCACCAACUCAACACUUGGCCACGAUGUCAGCGCAGCAUUCAAAGCAUCCUCGGGCUUGACCUCGCGCUCCUCAGACGCCAACGAAACCCCAGCUCCACCACCAUCGCCAGUCGACUUCUGCUUUCCCAUCACACCAGCCGACAGCCGGAGGGGUAGCUCUGGCUCGAACUAA